AUUAUGCGCCAUGUUCGGCAGCGUCUGUGGGUAAGACAAGUAAAGACAAAGCUGCAGUMUGCCUUGACGUCGCCAGGCUUACAUCCCGUAUCUUCUGACUUCGAUUUUUUUCGUUCUUAACCCCAACAACCAUCUUCUCCAGUCGCAAAAGUGAUGCGAGAUCGAAUGCUCGAAAAUUGGAAGUUUUCAGAGUCAUGUGAGAUCUCUCACGAUUUUGGAAGUGGUAAGAGUGAAAAUAGAUUAAAAACWUUGUUUGAUCAACAAGCAGUUUCUCCGUAUUGUAUUCGCCGCUAUCUUCACCCCUGACAAAAUUCCUUGCACUACUCGAUAUCAAUAACAGGAUAUCCGAGUGAUCCUAAAUGCAAAAAAUGGUUGGCAACACUGCACGAACCGGUCUUUGGAUAUUCCGAYAUUCUGCGUUUCAGCUGGGCCACCUCGAAGCAAAAGUUGGAAGAGAUUUCGGACGCAGUUCCGGUCGUAUUUCGUGCAGACUUGGACGACGACGAUGCGCUGGAGCAACAAAAGGGAAUGACACAGUUUCUACAAAAGAAACGCAAGAGAUUUGGCUAUUUUGAGAAAAGAAACAUUCGAACAAAGAAUCGACUUGAGGAGUAAAAAUUAUCWUGACUUGGACUAGCACUUUCUGAUCGAUUCAGUUCAUGAUGGAAUCACAACCAUCAUAUCUUAUGGCAUCUUGCUAAAUCCUGUAGUWUUAAAUUCAAGCAUGRCUGCUUCUGGGGGUGUCUACGCGAAAUGGGCAUUGACUAGKAGGGUUUGAAUMRGUGAAAAAAUGUGGAAGCAAGUU